AUGAGCCCCAAAGUAGGAUCCUAUGAAGACUUUGCGCAGUUUCGAAGUCAAACCAGCUCCUGCGUCACCAGCUGGGUCCGACAUUUCGAUGGCGGUCUCACGAAUCCAUCCACGAUCGUCACAAUUGACUACUCCCGGCACGGGCCAUCGACACCGUUUCCCUUUACAGUGGCCGAGACCGAUCUGUCCAAGCCGUUCGUUGAUGCUUCUGCGGUCUACGGCCGAAUCCUGCUUGCUGAGAAUAUCCAACGCACCCUGAUCAGUCUCCUGGGUGAGAUCUUCGACCUGGAUUGUAUCUUCUUUGCCAGCCAGACGACCACCGGUCUUGUCGCAGAGAGGGGCUAUCUUCACCUCUACUUCCUGAAAGUACUUGAUUUGGGCACCUCAGAAGCAUUCCAGCAUCCACCAGAUGCACUCAAGACGGACUCGAACAUUCCUCGCAAUGUCCGGCACCUACCUCCUUUAUCUAGGCGACAGCUUGCUCUAGCGCGAGUCUGCUGCUCGAUGGUCCUGAAAAGCAUCAAUGAUUCGUGGAUUUGUAAGUGUGUUCUGACCAUGAUGUCGAUAUGCUUGGUCCUGGUAGACCCCCCGGGGGCACGGAAGACAUACCCAAGCAGGCCUCUGCACGGAGGUUCCGAAAACUUUGCAUCGCUAAUCUUUUUCUCAUCCUUCGACUCGAGCAAUCCGAGUGACAAACUCGAAUCAUGGGACAAGAGCUCGAUGCUCAGCAGCCUGCACCACUACUUCUGUCACCAGCCACCUCCCGGCCUGGCGUACUACCCAACUCGCAUCUUCCUAGCCGAAUGGGCCAUUUACAUUCACCUGAUGAGCCGUUACUUCAAGCACUACGAAUACAACCUGCACGAGAUCCAAAACCGGCUCCACGACAGCGACAUAUCCGACCUGCAACGCUGGCGGCGACGCAGCAUGCAGAGUCAGCGGAAAAUGAAACUCCUGGUAGCCGGAAAACAGCCCUGGGACCUUGUCCGCAAGGAUGUCAACGACGUGCUCUCGCAGCUCGACGACUACAGCUGCUCGCUGGAGCAGAUGAUACCCGCGGCGACGCCCAUGGUCCAGCUGAUUGAUUCGCAGCGCGUCAUGCGCGAUGAUGGCCAACUUGUGCCGCUGUCGUGGGUGACCAGUCUGUUCAGCACGUCGGACGAGUUGUCCCCGGGACGUGAACGGUUCUGGGUGUACUUUGCCACGAGCCUGCCGGUGCUGGGCGUGGUCUUGUCCUAUUCGGUUCUUCCAUGGGGCGACUGGGUGGGGAGGAUGAAAGGGCUCGAGGUGCCUUUGAGGCAACAGGCACGGAGGCAUGAGAUGAGAGGUGGAGUAGCGUAG